AUGGAGGAAGUAAGAGUGUUCCCUUUGACCUGUGCCGUGCAGAACUAUGCAUGGGGCAAGAUGGGCAUGGGAAGUGAGGUGGCCAAACUGGUUGUCGGUGGGGACCCACUGGCUGUCAUCGAGCAUGAUAAACCCUAUGCAGAGCUGUGGAUGGGUGCCCACCCCAAAGGCGAUGCCCAGAUCAAGGACAACAGGAUUGCCCAGACCACCCUUGGCCAGUGGAUAGCCCACUUCCCAGGCUGUCUGGGCUCCAAGGUCAAAGACACCUUCCAGGGCCAGCUGCCCUUCCUCUUCAAGGUGCUCUCUGUUAACACGGCCCUGUCCAUUCAGGCCCACCCCGACCGAGAGCUGGCUGCUCGUCUCCACGCUCAGUUCCCAGAACAUUACCCAGAUAACAACCACAAGCCAGAGAUGGCGAUCGCUCUAACAUCCUUCCACGGUCUCUGUGGCUUCAGGCCUGUGGAGGAGAUCUUGGGAUUUCUCAAAUUUGUCCCAGAGUUCCAUGCGCUCGUGGGUAACGAAGCAGCCGAAGAGCUGCAGUGCAGCAUGGGAGACGGCGUCCGUACGAGCCAGGCCCUGAAGAAGUGCUUCACCAGGAUGAUGAACUGCGAGAAGAAGGUUUUUGUAGACCAGCUCAACAUGCUGGUGAAGAGAGUCACCGAGGAGGCCGCUGCUGGGAAGGACACCACCAGCAGUAACGGUGAGCUGCUGCUGCGCCUGCACUGCCAGUACCCCGGAGACAUCGGCUGCUUCUCCAUCUACUUCCUGAACCAUGUGGUGCUGCAGCCAGGGCAGGCCAUGUUCCUGGGGGCCAACGUGCCUCAUGCCUACCUCAGCGGAGACUGUGUCGAGUGUAUGGCCUGCUCGGACAACACCGUGCGUGCGGGCCUGACCCCCAAGUUUAUCGAUGUGAACACGCUGUGUGAGAUGCUGAACUACAGCCCGUCCCCCGCCAGCAGCAAGAUCUUCCCCUCAGUGCAGGACUCCUCGGACCCCUGCGUGUCCCUCUACGACCCCCCUGUACCAGACUUCACUGUCAUGAGAAUACAGGUGCCGGCCUCGGUCAAGCAGUACACCUUGGCCCCAAUCGAUUGCGCCAGCAUACUUCUGGUCAUCGAGGGCGACGCCACGGCUACUGCGGCUUCCGCCCUGUCUGACAUCCCCCUGCGUAGCGGCACCGUCCUGUUCGUUUCGGCCAAUGAGAGCGUCUCCCUGCAUAUCACCUCCCCGUCGGGCAUGAGCAUGUAUCGAGCCUGCUGCCUCCUGUAAUCGCCCAUCUGGGGCUGUGUUUGAGAGCUUGUGCCACCUGUCGUCUAGAAGGCGUCUGGUUUUCAGCACACCAGCUCCAGGCUGUCAGAGAAAUUCAAUUAUCUGUUGGGGCUUCGAUUCGCACACAAAUCGAAAAAGGUACCGCAAUUUAACUUUCUCUACGGGGGCGAUGAUUUUGUCCAGUGUUGAGGUCUGCGAUGAGGGCAUGGUUUAGCAUCUAUGAAUAUUCUACUGUAGCAUGUGUCUGCUGAGAGCGUCUGUAUGUGAAACUAGAUGAAUAAAGCCCUGUUCUGCUACUACGCCGACUCCAACCUCACUUUGUACUGUAAGGCUCCCGUUGAGAAAUCGGCCAAUAGAAACGGGCCAAACA